UGUAAGCAAGGGUUGAAGCGGCCUCUCACGCUCUCUCAAUUUGAAGCAAAUAAAUAAUAAUUCUCUCUCUCCUCUCUCCUCUCUCUGUGGGAAUAAAUAUAUUCAGGUAUUAAGCCAUCAGAUUCUCUUCCUCCUUGAAAGGUUCUCCCUCUUUCAAUUUGAAGCAAAUAAAUAAUAAUUAUCUCUAUCCUCUCUCUGUGGGAAUAAAUAUAUAUUCAGGUAUUAAGCCAUCAGAUUCUCCUCGUCCUUGAAAGUGUUUUGCUCCUGUACUUGUGGUCCAUUAAUUUUCAUUCCAAUUCUUGUUAUUUUAUUUUUACCAGAAGAACAUCGUAUUUGGCCAUCAAAUUACGAGGUUUUUGCUAUCCUUUUCUAGCAUUACAAGGUUUUUGCUAUCCUUUUCUUGCAUUUUUGAUACAAGUAGCUCUUCCCUCCUUGUGUACUUCUUCAGCUGCAUAUUUGGGUAGCGUUUCUUUGUUAAUGCUUCUCGAUUUAAUUUUGGGUAGACUUUUCAUUUUCAGAGUGAAGUGGUUUUAGGGUUUAUGGAGCGGUGGAUAUGAGAUAAUGUUUCCAGAGGAAAACUGAGUUGCUGUUUAUGGUUUGUUUUCUACUUAGAAUCAUUAUGAUCUGGGGAAAUUUUAUGCAGAUGUUGCGCAAUCAUUUGGUAAGGUAACUUCUUGGAAUAAAUCACCAGUUGGUCUUUUCCUUUUGAUUGUUCAAUUGUUACAGUCGUCAAGGUUUAAAAAGAAACCUAGAAUUUACCCUGUAAAAAGAAAAAAAGAAAGAAGAGGAAGACUCGGAUUUCUAUCCCACUGUAGGGAAAUUAGGGUUUUUUCAUGCAGGAGUUUCCAGGUUAGUUGAUAAGGAAUCCUUUGGUUGAAUUGAUAGUAUGGGUAUUAUUCUUUUGGCUGGUUCAAUAAUCCCUUUUAAUAAAAAAUAGAGUUUUGGUAAAGAAAAGGAAACCUAGGAUUUCUCAUCCGGGAAAGGCAGUGAAAUUUAGGGUUUUGAUGGAGGAAUUGCCAGACCAGUUGGUAUGGGAAGUUUUGGGAAGGAUCAAGAAAACCCAAGAUAGGAACUCGGUUUCUCUCGCCUGGAAACGUAUCCAUGAUCUAGAGAGAGAACAGAGAGAAUUCCUUAAAGUGGGGUGUGGUUUAGAUCCAGCUAAUGAUGCCCUAACAUCUCUCUGCAGACGAUUCCCAAACUUGACAAGAAUUGAGAUCAGUUACUCUGGUUGGAUGUCCAAAUUGGGGAAACAACUUGACGACCAUGGCCUUCUAAUACUCUCCGAGCGAUGCCCUUCCUUAAUUGACCUAACCCUAUGCUAUUGCACUUAUGUAACAGACAUGGGUCUUUGCCAUCUCUCUUCUUGCAGUAAACUUAGGGCUCUGAAGCUGAAUUUCACCCCAAGCAUAACUGGUUGUGGGAUCUUAUCCUUAGCAGUUGGUUGCAAAAGCCUUUCAACUCUCCAUUUGAUACGAUGCCUUAACGUAAGCAGUGUGGAAUGGUUAGAAUAUCUUGGUCGACAGGAAAUACUAGAGGACCUUUUGAUUAAGAAUUGCAGAGCGAUUGGGGAGGGUGAUCUUGCAAAGCUUGGAUCAGGAUGGAAGAGGCUUAAACGCCUUCAAUUUGAGGUUGACCCAAGCUUUCGAUAUAUGAAGGUUUAUGGUAGAUUAGCAGUCGAUAAAUGGCAAAAACAGUGGGUUCCCUGCGAAUCCAUGGAGGAACUGAGCCUAGUUAAUUGCUUAAUAAGCCCCGGUCGAGGGCUUGCUUGUGUUUUAGGUAAAUGCAACGCAUUGGAGAAGCUUCAUUUGGAUAUGUGCGUUGGGGUUAGAGAUAUUGAUCUCAUAACCCUGGCACAACGAUCCACGAACCUCAAGUCUCUCUCUCUUAGAGUUCCUUCUGAUUUCUCUCUCCCAAUUUUAAUGAACAAUCCACUGAGAUUAACAGAUGAGAGCAUAAAAGCCAUAGCAAAUAACUGUUCAAAGCUCGAGUCUCUCAAGAUAUCAUUCUCUGAUGGGGAGUUUCCUUCUUUCUCAUCUUUCACCUUAACUGGUAUCCUUUCAUUAAUUCAGAAGUGCCCAAUAAGAGUUUUGGCUCUAGACCAUGUGUAUUCAUUCAGUGACCUUGGUAUGGAGUCUUUCUGCUCUGCCCACUAUCUUGAUGUGCUUGAGCUUGUAAAGUGUCAAGAGAUUAGUGACGAGGGGUUGCAGCUUGUUCAACACUUCCCCAAAUUGAGUAUUUUAAGGCUUUCAAAGUGUUUAGGGGUGACUGAUAUCGGGUUGAAGCCUCUUGUUGGAUCACAAAAGCUCGAACUUUUGACUGUGGAGGAUUGCCCUCAAAUUACGGAGAAGGGUGUUCAAGGGGCAGCAAGAACAGUUUCAUACAGGCAGGACCUGUCAUGGAUGUAUUGAAUUGUUGAUAGAAGCCGAGUGUUCGAGAACAUAAUAAAGGAUGCCUCAAAUAUGAACAAAUCUGCACCUGGGCUUUGGCUUGGUGGUAGCCAUACCACUCCCGGUUUGGAUGAGGAAGAUCAAGGGCUUGCAGUUUGUCCCAUAACUCCAAAGAAGCUGAUCCUUGUUGUGGGAAUUGAUUUCAAAGCUUCGAAAAUUCGUUGCUCGAGUUUUGUAUAGACAUACAUACGAAUGCAAGGAUGUAAAUGCAUGUACAUGUUAUGUGCAUAGCGUGCAUGAUCUCCAUAUACACAUGGAAUGUUCAAAUACUAACCUGCAUAAUCUGCUCAUG